AUGCAGGAGGUGCAGCAGCAUGUGCCGGAGCGGGAAACGACUAGGAGCAAUCUGGAAGGAUGGAAGGGGUUUCUGUUCAACGGGUUGGCGUCGCCCGAGACUUCCCCGAGAAGGAAAGGCGCUCCCCGCAAUUUCUCGUCUCAGGAGGCGGCUUGCGAUCAUCCUCCACUCGUUCGUCCAUUCCUGUUCGUCCAACCGCGCCCCCAGCUGCUGGACAAAGAAGCAUGA